CGCUCCCAAAUGUCGGGAAAUUACAUACGUGAUUAUGUGUGAUGUCUGGAGGGAAAAAAAGGCGGAAAAUCGGUAAAAACAAGUUCGUCUGUCUUGCGAAUAUUUGAAACACGAUGAAGAAUUUCGUGUUAAUGACGAAGUGCACAUAAACUAUGGACUGUUAUGAUGAUACUAUGUAUCGCCUAAGGUGUGGUUAAGGUGUUCGGGUGUAGCAACAUGCAAUCAACCUGAGUGUGAGAGUUCCACCUUGAGGUUACAGGAUGCCGGUGCAGGCAGCACAAUGGACUGAGUUUUUAUCCUGCCCCAUCUGCUACAAUGAGUUUGAUGCUAGCUGCCACAAGCCCAUCAGCCUGGGCUGCUCACACACCGUCUGCAAGACCUGCCUGCACAAACUGCACCGCAAGGCCUGUCCCUUUGACCAGACGGCCAUUAGCACUGACAUUGACAUGCUGCCUGUCAACUGUGCCCUCCUGCAGCUGGUGGGGGCACUGGUGCCAGAGGGUGAGAUUGUAAAUGUGGGAAGUGUUGAAGACACUAGACAUUACGAAGUGUGCCGAAUGUGUGUGGAGGAGCUGGCACUCUAUCUCAAACACAUCAGCGGUGGAAAAGGUGUAGUUAACCUCAGUCAGUGCACACUAAGUAGGCCCAUGCAGAGGAAGCUGGUGACCCUUGUGAACUGCCAGCUGGUUGAGGAGGAAGGGCGUAUGCGGGCGAUCCGUGCGUGCAGAUCUUUGGGUGAGCGCACCAUCACUGAACUCAUCCUACAACACCAGAACCCACAGCAGCUCUCAGCCAAUCUUUGGGCUGCUGUGCGGGCACGCGGCUGUCAGUUUCUUGGACCUGCCAUGCAGGAAGACGCUCUGAAACUGGUACUGCUGGCCCUUGAGGAUGGCUCGGCUCUGUCUCGGAAGGUUCUGGUGUUGUUUGUGGUUCAGAAACUUGAGGCACGGUUCCCUCAGGCGUCCAAGACCAGCAUUGGUCAUGUAGUUCAGCUGCUGUAUCGUGCCUCCUGCUUUAAGGUGACCAAACGAGAUGAAGACUCCUCUCUCAUGCAGCUGAAGGAGGAGUUUCGCACUUACGAUGCUCUACGACGCGAGCAUGAUGCUCAGAUCGUUCACAUCGCCAUGGAAGCAGGGCUGCGAAUCUCGCCUGAGCAGUGGUCCUCUCUGCUGUAUGGAGACCUCAUCCACAAAUCUCACAUGCAGUCAAUCAUAGACAAGCUCCAGUCACCAGAGUCCUUUGGUAAGAGCGUGCAGGAGCUUAUAAUAAUCCUGCAGAGAACAGAAGACCCAGCCAACCUCAACAGCCUCAGAGCUCGUCUAGAACGGCUGGCUAACAUCGACUACAAUCCUGAUGCGACUACUCCAUCCUGGGCAGAACUGGAGAGUGUGUUACUGGCUGUGAAAGUUGUUGUCCAUGGGCUGGUGGAAUUCAUUCAAAACUUCAGCAAAAAGAGCCAUGACAGCCCUCAGGCUCAGCCAAACACCAAGUACAAGACCAGUAUGUGCAGGGACUUACGGCAACAGGGUGGCUGCCCGAGAGGAGCCAGUUGCACUUUUGCCCACACACAGGACGAGCUAGAAAAGUACAGAAUGAGGAAUAGGAAAGCCAGUGGAGUGGUGAGGCCCUUCCUGUCAGUUCCAGCAGUUAUGCCCAAAGUGGGCACCAAAGAAGUAGGGUCAGAGGUGGGAACAGAAGUUCUGAAGAACAAUGAGGAAGUUGACCCAACCUCAGAGGACUCAUCUCCAACUCAGCUGAUCCCUAGAGGUGGAGAACACCAGGAUGAACAAUCACUUCCCAACUGUGCUAAUGGACUACCUGAUUCCAGCCUAGAACAAAAUCCCGUCAGUCACUUGGUUUCUCUAGUGUCUAGAGAGGAAUGCUGUGGUCCUCCCAAACACGGGUCUGUCCAAACGAGAGCUCAUCAUGAGAUUUAUUACUCUCAUGACCAGAGAUCCCAUUAUGACCUGCCCCCCCACCAACCUGCCAUUCCUUCUUACAAGUCAUGCAACACACGCUUCCUUCGUUCCAGCAAUGUGGCCGAGUCCAUGUUGCCCCCUUCACUGGGCCCUCUGUAUCCAGAUCAGCACCCCUCUGUUCCGCCUCCAGACAGAUUAGGCCCUGCACAUUAUGGACCACCCUCAACAUACACCUCCAUAUCUCACAGUCACUCACAUGGCGUGUACACCCCCGUCUAUGACAGCAGACGUGCAUGGAGGCCGCCGCUGUACCCCAGGGAUGGUGGGCGGAGUAACUCUCUCCCUCCAGAGGUUUUCCAUUCGUCCGUUUGCCAGCCGCCACUAAGAGAGCGAUACAACUCGCUUGACAGUCCUUAUUGCUGCGCAGCAGAGCAGAGAGCAGCAGUGCACAGGGACUCAUAUGCCCAUGUUCAUCUUGGCUAUGAGGAUCUCUAUCGCCACAAACAGGAACAGUGGGCACAUCACCACGGCAACGUGAACAGACCCUCCCAAUCGUCUCCUGUCUUCACUGUGGAUUUGUGUCCAGAGCAUCCAGAGGGUGUAGUUGGUGGGUGUAUGACUUGUAAGUGUCAUGGUGGAGAAGAAAAUCUUGCCCAAUACACCCCCUGGUCGUGCGGCACCAUCAGCCCGUUUGAGUCAGAGCCCCACCAUUUGUCAUCCCACUCCUGUUCCAAGCAGUCUGAUGGAGAGAGUGGUGGCAAACGAUGGCUACAUAUGUUUGAGCACUACAGGCGACUGAAAGAUGAAGACCCCAUCAUUCCUUUCGGAGAGGGUCCCAUUAUCUCCAAAUGGGGAGCAAUCUCUCGGGCCUCCCGCACCGGCUACCACACUGACCCAGUCCAGGCAACUGCUUUGCAGGGGAGUGCUGGUACCACGUCAAUUAACUUCAGAGACUACGGCUCUCAUAUUGGUCACAUUGACCACAGAUGGGGCCCACGUGGUGCCGAUUCCACUAGUCACUCCAGCUAUCAAGAGAGUGAUCACCUGGCAGUGCCAGGGCUGCAUGUGCAGAGUAAUUCCUUAAGCAGCUGGUCAAAGCAGAGCUCAGAACUGCUGGGUAAGUAUGGGACAGAAAGUCAACCCGACAGAAACAUUGAACUGGAGCUGUCCACUCUGGACAUGGAGGAUACUGAGACACAGGACAGCAAGCCUGAGGACUCACUUGAAACACAAAGUCACUCACACCUCUCUUCGGUCUUCAGCCAGCCAGUGGCCCAAUCCCAAAUGGACAAUAAUCUGCCUGACAGAAUGGACACCCACCAUAUAAAGAAGAUGGCAUUUAGAAAGACCCUCUCUCCUGGAGGCCUCAGUAUUGGGAAGAUGCCAAUGAGGACAUGCUCACCCAGGCCUAGAGAGCCCCCAGGACCUGAGAUGCUGCUAAACGGGACCUGAGGUGGGCUGGACACAACAGCCCCCACUUGUUCCAAUUCCACGGGGUCAUGCCAAGAAUCCACCAUACUACUUAGGUAGAAGGUAAAAUUGCCUUUAUAGGAGUCAAUUGAGGCAGCCAGAAGCAGCCAAAAGCCUUCUGUAUUCAUGUGUUCUCUUCAUAAGAGCUAGCUAUGCCCUGUAAUUAUAAUCACUAGUCAUCUAUUCAGAGUUUUUUAAAUCACCUCUCGUGGAUGAAUGAAUCACGAUGAGUCACAACUCCACCUCAGGUACUUCUUGGUGUCAGCCAAUCAAAACUCUCUUCAAUGCACAAUAGAGGGCAUCUGUGCCCACCUAUCUUCAGCCGUGUUGUUCUGAAAGUAUUUUCCUGAUUAAUUUUCUCCAUAGAGAAUUAAAAAAACUUUGUUAAAAGGUUAUAAGCCGUGAACCAAACCAAAAAGCUCUGAGGGGAAUCACACCAUUACAAAUUGCUUUGCAUUACUUUGAUUUUGACAAAGGAGCAGGACUGUGCAUUUAAUGUCUUUAAUGUGGGGAUAAACUACAAUCCCAUGAAGCAUUUAAAAAGGUUAAAAAUAUAAAACUGUUGAUUUAAAAUCAGUGAUUAUAAGAAGAGAAAAAAAUAUAUUUUAAGUUUAUUACAAAAUAUUCAGAUAUAUGGACUGUGUCAUUUAUGUGUGAAAUGGGAGUGGGGGUUCCACUUCUGUCACUCACUCGACGUUGUGUCGGUGAAGUGACACUAGGGGUCUCUCUUGAGUUGCCUCUGGGCUUUGAGAAAAGGACAAUGAGAAUUGGCAAACAGAAUUUGCAUUUCCCUCCCCUGGACAUACGUGUAAAAGGAGGGAAUCGUGCAUCUGUUUAGUCAAAUUUUUUCUUCGGAAGUUGUUGUGUGUCCAGCGAGCUGGUGUUCUCUUCUCUGCAUGCCUGUGCAGCCUAUGCCCCUGGGUGUUUCUACAGUGCUUCUAAAAGAGCAUAAAUCCUCUAAAAGGGUAACAUAAAAGUAAUCCUCUAAAAGUAACACAAAAGUUUCCUACCACCUUCUGUCGUAAGCACGAUCAACCAAGCCAGAGCUCCCUCUACCAGGCAGCUCCAUGCCCUAAAGUGGUGUCUGGUUGCAGCUGGAGGCUGAAUCCUACCAAGCCGUGCCUGUUCCCCACACGGGGUCUUUCCACACCCCCGGUGGGCCCUCAUGAGAUCCCCCUUUGAGCCACUAGAUUCAGUCAAACUGUGUUCCCUCCUCUGAAGAUGGCCCUCCUGAUUCCGCUCACCUCCAUCAAGAGGGUCGGGGACCUGCAAGCGCCCUCUGCCAGCAAAACUUGCCUGGAGCCCGGUCCGGCAGAUGCUCACGUCACCCAAGGUUCCUAUGGCACCCCUUCACGGCCAGGCGGUGAACCUGCAAGCGACCCAGUAGGAGGCAGACCCAGCAUUAUCAUUGCCGUGUCUGGUGCGUACUUUGCGCACCUAUAUUGGGCCGCACACGGAGCUCUAGAUGAUUACGAGCAGCUCUUUGUUUGCUGUGGUGGACAGCGGAAAGGGAUGCUGUCCCCAACAGAGGUUUGUCCACAAGGUCAUCAACGCCUCCUGCACCAACCUAUUAGACCCAGGCUGUGCCCGCCCCCUUGCGGGUUCGAGCACGCUCUAUGUGGAGUGUGGCAUUCUCGUGGGCACCGGCCAAUGGUGCCUCUCUAGCAGACAUGGGCAGAACAGCGGGCUGGGCAACACCCAAUACCCUUGCGAGAUCAAUAACCUCCGAGGGUUGAGUCGGUGCUGGCCCAUGUUUCUUCAGGUCUGAGCACAUAGAACUCGGCAACACCGGACAACUGACUGGGUGUACCGCUUGCGCAUAGCACUUUUUCCCUUCUUCCGAGGCGAACCCGUGCGCUUUUACCCCAGGUGAGUCCACAAAAGCUUGCGCUCCCUGGAUGUCUUUCCUCCAUAGCCCUCUGGCUCUCGAAUUUGGCAGAGGAAUUUCCAACCAGACCCACUACAGGUACUAAUUACUCUGUACUGGAAUAUGUCCUCCACAGGUAUCGGUCAUCACAAUUAUGCCCUGUGUUGUAUUUUUACCCCCUGUCGGCGGACGUAUUUGCCACAUGUGACCUUCCCAGCCUAGGCAGGAUGUGGUCUCCGCGAGGGUCCUUUACCCCUGAAAGAAUAGGUGUUGGAAACAACACCUUCCCCGAUGCGUGUUAUAGCGUUAGACAGCCCUAUAGUAAACAUAGAGAGAGAAAAGGCAGCGGCUGGCGUGGCCUGCUCCCAUGCUUGGUUGUGUCCCUCUUGCCACAACAUCAUAACAACCACUGUAACGGCCGUACCUUAUUCUCGGCUCCUCAGUGCAAAACCUGUCUAAACAGAUGCACAAUUCCCUCCUUUUAUACCCAUAUGUCCGGGGGAGGGACAUGCAAAUUCUGUUCGCCAAUUCUCAUUGGCCUUUUCUCAAAGCUCAAAGGCAACUGAGGCUCUCAAGAGAGACCACUAGUGUCACUUCACCGACACAACAUCUCGUUCCCUCCAUCAGGGAAAUGGGGUUACGAGAGUAACCUAGAUGUUCUCAGUAAAGCUCUUUUGCAGUGAUUUUUUUUUUAUUGGUGGACCUCUCUUCAGGAGCUCAUAGUUGGUCUGUCUUAAAAAGUUUAAAUGUUAUCGUCACAAAUGUUGUUCUAUUUCUCUAUAGAAAAAGAAAUGGGGGUUUUACUACGCAAUUGUUGUGCUUUAUUACCCAUGUUCUAUAACUUUGUACAAAAAGUGACGGUUCUUACUAGCUUUUAACACACUGAAUACAUUAUAAUCUACUGUAUUUGACUAUACAACAGUCUCUUCUGAUUGGUAAUUACAGAUAUACAGCAUAUCAGUGUUUACAGUAUAGAGUCAGAUAUAUAUCAAGAAUAACCAAGGUGCUCAGAAUUUAUAGUACUCGCAUUAUUGUUAUUAUUGCAGUGUUAGCCACUGAAAUGUGCAUGUAUUGUUUGGUGGGCAUCAUUAUUUAAAACAACCAUUCAUCACAGUUUAAAUGUAUGGGUUGUGGUAUACGUCUGCUAUUUCAAGGCAAUCAAUAUUUUGUACAAGUUCUUAAAGGAAUAGUUUGCCAAAAAAUUUAUUCUGUUACUACUUAUCCUCAUGUUGUUCCAAACCUUUAAGAUUUUAUUUUUUUAAAUCAGUGCAGUGAAAGUGAAUGGGCAUGGAUGCUGUCAAGCUCCAAAAAUAAAAAAAAGCAGCGUAAACAUAAUAGAUAAAUAGUAAAUUAAUAAGUAGUCCAUGUGACUUGUACACUAUUUUCUGGGGCUUCUUAAGCUGUAAAAUAACUUUGCGUGAAGAACAGACCAAAAUUUAAGUUGUAAGUUGCUGCAAAUCACCAGAUUUGCAGUUAAUGAUAGUCACGAGACUCAUGUGAACCAGUGACGUUUUUACUACAUUGUUGUCAAACCAUGUGAAUAAUGAUUUAAAUUUUGGCCCAUCUUUUAGGGUGAGCUAUUCCUUUAAUAGUUAAAAACAGCACAAUGGGAUUAGAAGGUAGAAGUUAGAAUUGAUGAGAAAAAAGAUGUGCAUUUAAAGCUUAUGUAAUGUGGAAUACAGUUUCUCUUUGAUGCGUUGUGUGUAAGUUCCCCAUUUCUGUGUUCCUGCUUAUUGUUUACAAUGGUCAAAAGUUUUCCUGUAGUUUUAGUUUGACAGAGAAAAAACGACAAUUAGACUAUAUUUCAAAUUUCCAUUAAUUUAUGACACAACAUUGGUAACUUCCAUGAAGUUGUAGUCAAAAUAUUUUCAGUACCAAAAUCAGAAUCCACUUUAUUGUCAAGUGUGCUUGACAUACAAGGAAUUUUCCUUGGUGACAGAAGCUUCCAGUGCACACACAAUACAACAAGUCAGAGAUAAAAAAAUAAAAAAGAGUGAAUAGAAAUAUAAGUAUAUAUAGAAAUACCCAAUAAGACAAAAAUAUACAUAUAGUAUGUACAAAUAAAAAUCUGUUAUAUACUGUGCAAGGGAAUAUAAUGCAGAAGAGGUAGGAUAUGUUAAAUAAUAUAAUUGACUAGGCUGUGUAUUGCACGUAAUUAUAGAAUAGUUUUAACUGUUCAUGAGGUGGAUAGCCAUAGGGGAAAAAAACAUUCUUGUGCCUGACAGUUCUGAUGCUCAGUGCUCUGUAGCGCCAGCCAGAAGGCAACAGUUCAAAAAGGUAGUGGGAUGAGUAGGGUCCAGAGUGAUUUGACCAGCCCUUUUCCUCUGUCUACAACUGUCAAUAUUUCCUAUUUGGUAAACAAGCACACAUUUUAAGAAACAUGUGGUGUUUAUUUACAGUAAAUGCAGUAUGAUGUUUUUCUGCUUCUAUCUUUUAUUUUAUAAAAACGGUCACUUAUUUUACUGCUAUUCACUUGUUUUCUUUGUUAUUUCUUUUCUUUCUUAAAUGUAUUGUAUCUUGUGUUGGUAUUUGUGUAUGAAUGUGCACAUGUAUGUAUUUGUUAAUCCUGAACAAAAAACGUAUAUGAAUGCAGGAUCACUUAAGACUGUUAAAUCCUGGUUUUACUUUACGUUUAUAAGCGUAAUGAGAAAUGUGGAGUUAAAUCUUUCUGGUCUCGGCAUUUGUCUCAUACAGUCAAAGUUUUAUUUUCAACAUGGCGUGUUAACAGUUGCACCUCUGCAGCCCUAUAGGAAAGAGAUAUUAAUUUAAAGGGACAGUUCACCCAAAAAGAAAAUUCUGCGAUCAUUUACUCACCCUCAUUUCGCUCCAACCCUGUAUGACUUUCUUUCUUCUUCAGAAAACAAAAGAAAAUAUGUUGAAGAAUGUUAAAUACCGGUUUUGUCCAUUCAAUGAAAAUCAUUGGUGUCCAAAACAAUAUUGGACCUCAUUGACUUUCAUUGUAUGGACAAAAAAAUAAAUUUCUCAAAAUAUCUUCUUUUGUGUUCCACUGAAGAAAGAACUGCAUACAGGUUUGAAGCAACAUGAGGGUGAGUAAAUGAUGACAGAAUUUGGGUGAACUAUCCCUUUAAGCUUGCAUGAAGUGCAGGUGUAAUAUCUUGUUACAACAUGAUUUAGUGCAUGAAUAGAAACAAUGUGUUUUGCCUUUAUUUAUUUUUUGUUUAUAGAGAAAAGUAUUUGCCAUUAUUUUUAAUAUCAUUGUAUUUAUCUCAUCUGAAGUGAGUGAUUUAAAAAUAGAGCUGGGUUAGUAGUUACACAUGUGUUCAUUUCAAUAUCUUGCUAGCUUUCAAACUGUGUUUAAAAUGUUGCUUUCUCAUUAAUUUUUUUUAUCACCCAAAGCAACUUAACAAAGCCUUAUGAGUACGUUUUAUCAGCCCAGCUCUGUAUCAUGCAUGCAUCCUUUGGGAAAGGGUUUCUUUGGCAAAGGAAGUAUGAUUGUGUAGUUGUGUCACACAACACCCCAGUGCUGUGAGUGUACUGCACUUGCCCACUUUGUGGUUGUAUCUUGUAUCAUGUUCACUUCUUGCCUAUUGCACUUAGUGUCUGUUUUUAUGGAUGAAUAUCAGGAUUAUGUUUGUAAUUUUUAAAGUUUUCUUUCCUUGGAAAUUUACAUUUUGUUUGCAUUUGAAUUUUAAAAAUUUGCUUGGCUGGGGAAGGACUUUUGUGACAAGCUUGUUUUAUCCUGUGUGUGGCCGCAAAAAACAAACUGGUGUGUUGGAUAUUUUUGUCUGUAUUAGACAUUUUAUUUGCAAAUCUAUUGUUCGAUUCAAUUGUAAAUGAAUACAAGAUGGACAUCCAUCAUUUUGUAAAGCCAGAGCCAUUAUUAGAUGGACAUACUGCAAAUUUUUAUGAUAUAGUCAGCUAUAUUUAAAUAUAUGAAGAUAUUUAUGGUCACUGAAAGAGAAUCUAAAAGUUAGGAAUAUCUUUUGAUUAAAUAAUAAUAAUAGUAAUAAUAAUAAUAUAUAUAUAUAUAUAUGUAUAUGUAUGUAUGUAUGUAUGUAUAUGUAUGUAUGUAUGUAUAUGUAUGUAUGUAUGUAUGUAUGUAUAUAUACAUACAUAUACAGAAUAUAUAGAAAUGUAGCCAAUGCACAGUUCAAUCUUACUGGUUUUGGUUGUUUGUUUGUUAUUGCUCUUGUAUCUUGGCUAAAAUUUGCUCUGAUAUGUAGGGCAAGCUACUGAGAUGAAGUGAAAGUUCAUGACAUGUAAGUUAAUGAAAUGUAACUGCAUGCCAAGAUAAUAAACACAGUUAUG